GCCCUGAAACUCUUGACUCAAGAGAACGUCUUGGUCGGUGGCUUCUUCGUGAUUUCGGGGUACGUGUCAGCCUACACCACCACAAAGCUUGGGGCUUUGGGGGUUGAGGAGAAAAAGGUUGCAAACCCGGAGCUCUUCUUUUGGCAGCGUGUCAUGGCCUACUACCCACUUCAUUUCGUUUCGAGUGCCAUUUUUGCUCCUAUGUUCAUUUGGGCGGAGAGGAACUUCAAGGCCACUUGGAACAUGAUUGCCUUCCGAGCCUUCUUGAACUUCAGCAUGUUGCAAGCUUGGUUCCCCAAGGAAGCCGAAAUCUGGAAUCAGCCAACCUGGUUCUUGUCGGCCCUGACAUUCUCCAAUCUCACCAUGCCCACCUUGGUGUUGCCUUCGGUUGCAAACCUCACGAAGAACGGUCUGCAAAAGCUUUUGGCAGCUUUGUGGGGAGUCUCUCUCUUGCAAAAGGUCUCCUAUUCUGAGACUGCUCGCUUCCACAGCCACCAUGAGCACCCUGUUGAUGGCAAAGUGAUGAUGCCUUUGAUUUGGAAUUUGACUCGCUUCCAUCCGAUUUGGGCUCUUUUCGAGAUGACCACCGGCAUCAUUGCGGCUCGCCACGUGAUGCUGGACACUGAAGAAGAGAAGAAGAGAAAGCCAAUGAAUCCAAUCUGGCUUUUCUUGGCCGCAUACUCUUCGCUGGCACUCCGACUGACCAAGUUUGACUUCAACGAUGCGAUCAUCCGAGGAGUCCUUUUCGUUCCUCUUUUCACGGAGUUCUUGACCGCCAUGCACAGGGAUGCUCUGACUCCAAACCCAUCGGCGAUCACCAAGUUCUUCGGUUGCAAGAUCAUGGCAACCUUGGGCUCCCUCGCCUUCCCGAUGUUUAUCGUGCACGGGCCUGUUGGCCAGGUGUUCUACAAGAAGGUAAUCGCGAAAAAGCUUUGGGGGAAGCCUAUGCCGCACAGUUUCUUCCCUUUCUACUUGGCAAUUUGCUUGGCCAUCAGCCAUUUCACCAACGAGUACUUUGUGAAGAACAAGAAGGUGGGUGCCUUCUUCGGCAAGGUUGCUCAGUUCUUGGCAAAUUGGACUGAGGGCAUGCUGAGGGAUCGCUAAAUUUUGAUGCAGCUGUAGAGGAACAACAGACCGAUGAAGGUCUUGUUGACGCUCGCCCAGUUGCAUGAGCUGUGAGUGCUCGAUCCACACGAAAUGUGGUGAAUUCAUUUUUUAGAAGCAUGCCUUGUGUUGGCCGGGCACAUGCCGCUAAGAAGGCCAGCCAUUGGAUGUGUCUCUUGAGACAGGGGG